AUGGCUUCACAAGGUGUCAACGUCCUCCGCUGGUCCGCCCUUUUCGGUGGUGUCUUUUAUGGUCUCUACCACCAGUCCGCGCUCAACACCCAGUCCAAACAAGCCGAGAUCGAACGAGAAUACAAGCACAAAGAAUCAUUGAUUGCAAAGGCCAAGGCUGAAUGGGCCAGGAAGAACGCACCUGCUGACAGGAAGAACGGUCUUAUCACCGACCCCGAAGAUCCCAAGUUCGACCUAGAAAAGUUCCUUAUGGCCAAGGCGGAGGAGAAAUAG